GAUUGCUUAACAAAAUGGACUGGAGCCGGUAUGAUAAGGUGUUCAUGCCAUUGCACAGUGAUGGAAAACACUGGGUGCUGUCUGAAAUUGACCUUGUCAAUAGAAUCGUACGGGUAUACGAUUCUAUGAAGACCCGUAGGUUAGUUGGAUCUGUGAGGCUGUUGUGUUUGAGACUUCCACACCUGUUUCGAGUCAUAAAAUGCAACCCUGCUCUAAGCGCCACAGCAAAUUCACAGCCUUGGAAAGCGGAGGCUGUAACACCGCCCCCAAGUAUUUGUACUUUAUCAAAUUAUGUAUUGAAC